AUGCCAGUUCUGCAGGAUGGUGACUUCUACGUCUGGGUCACUUUGGCAGGAUGUGGUCGUUCUUGGAUAAACGAUGACCCACAAUCUUAUGAGAAUGAAAUGGCAUUUGAAUCGCAUGCUAUUUGCAAGUACACAUGCCGCAAGAACAAACCGGAGCUGUUGAAGGAGGGCAACCUCAAGGAAUCAGCAAUGGUAGAUGUGUGGCUCGAGGUGGAGGCCCAUCAGUACACGGCCACACUGGAGCCCAUUAUCCUUGAGUGCCUCGUCCGUCCUAUGUUCGGGCGAGCCACUGACCAGAAAACUGUCGAGGAUAACCUUGUGAAACUGAAGAAGGUGCUGGAGGUGUACGAGGCGCGCCUGACCAAGUGCAAGUACCUGGCUGGAGACUUCCUCAGCCUCGCGGACCUUAACCAUGUGUCUGCUACCGCAUGCCUGGCGGCUACACCCUACGCUUCUUUGUUCGACGCGUAUCCGCAUGUGAAAGCUUGGUGGUCUGGUCUGAUGGCGAGGCCAUCCGUCCAGAUGAUCGCUGCACUGAAGAAGCCGUAUUUUCAUAAUAGUGUCUAG